AUGGAGAAGGAGAACUCCGCAUCGGGCGGAGGUGGCGGGGGCGGUGGAGGUGGCGGAAGCGAAGCGGCGGCCACGGCGACUCCAGGCGCCACCUCCGCCUCCGAGAAACUCCAGGCGGACCAGGCCAAUCCGUUGCUCGAUCCGACUGCGCUCUUCGGCGCAUACUGGUCUCGAGGCGACAGUGCAGCUUCGUCGCUUUUCGGCGGAAUGUCGGGCGGAUAUGGGUUGGGGGCCCAUCAUUUGCCAUCGGCUUACGCGAUCCUGGGCCGAGGAGCCACCACUGCCGGAUUCGGGGGCCACACACCGGCCUCCGCGCCACCGCCACCCCCGUACUCACACAGCAGCCUUGGUACUCUGAGCGUGGCUGCCAGCCAGGCUGCUAGCUUAGGUAUCAAUCCUGCUAGUGCAGCAUGGUGGACGAUGGCCUCACAUUUAGCGGCACAGGACUACCUCGCGAGGUUACAGGGAGCGGCAGGACUGCCCGGAUUUCCGCCUGGCGCAGAGAGCCUGCUGCCACCCUAUCCUGCCUCUCUACUUAAUCCCCCGUCCCUCUCGUCUCACAAGUCCAGUAAGUCUAAGUCAAGCAAGAGUCACAAGACGCCAGCGAGCAGUAGUAGCUCGACGACGCCGAGCAUGACGAGCAGCAGUUUACCGGUGUCGACUCAAGCACCGGUCACGUCCUCUCAUCACAGCACGUCGGCCAGCAGCACGCCGAAUUCGCAAACGAACGUCGUCAGCGAUCCUAGCAGUAUAUUGGGCGGUGUACGUUUGCCUCCUGAUACGGAGAUCAUCAAGUACACGUCGAGCAUAGUCGGUCCAAAGGUACCUGGCACAACGAACCGCGGAAGGAAGAAGACUAUAUCCUUAGACACGCCGAGCGUAAGCGUGCAUCCGCCACCGGUACCCGCUCUCACUGCUCACCAGACUAACACGACGACCACGUCGUUGAUGAUGGAACCGAGAAAGUACAAUCGCACCGGGACUGAGUCGAACGAUUACAGGGAGUCGGUAGAUCGCGUGGAAGUGAUCAAAUUGCCGGCACACUCGACGAACGGUUCCGUUUUACCAGCGCCAUCGUCGUACACGACCACCACCAGUGCGAACAAUUCGAACGAUUCGGACGCGCCGUUGAAUUUGUCGUUGAAACCGGCGACGAUGAGCAGUAGCUCGCCGAUUUCCGGCAGCCAGCCUCUCAGUCAGCUCAGUAAUUUAAGCCAGUCUUUACUCGCCUCUGAUCGAACCUCGAGAAGGAAACCAGGACCGAAACCUCGAAGAGUACCACAGAACUCUGUACCGGUGCCAGCGUCUCCAAGUCCAUCGUUAGCGCAGCUGUUCGCAGCGGCAGAUUCGCCGCAGCGACCGAGCAGCGGAAGCGAGGAGAGCGAGAGCGCUAGCACGACCCACCACAAAGAUGGUCGGCCGAGAAACCUUGGUCGUGGUGUAUCCAAACCCAAGAAGAACACCGUGGCCUCGUUACUGGCACAGAGCAGAGCCCUGGGAAUCAAACCGACGCCCACAUUGGACCCUAGCGUGCCAUUGUCUCAUCAGGUCUCGUUGCUAAGGUCGAAUAUUCUAGCUGCUCAGCUGCAUGCCACUGGUCAAAUCGACGAUAAAAACCAGCGGUCUUUGCAGGAGAAGAUGAAGAACAAGCUGCUGGAGGUGUCGGGAGAGGAGAGCAACAUGGACGUUACCAGCGAGAGCGGCAGUAACACCGACGUUGUGACGGACACUGACGACGACAACGCGGACGGUGUGUCCAGCGCGAAACGGAGGAAGGUGAAGCCGAGUGAAAGGGAUCUCCAGGUGCCGCUCGAGCGUGGCUGGAAACGGGAGACCGUCAUCAAAGGAUUAGGGAAGUCGGGAGUGAUAAAGGGUGACGUGUCUUAUUAUAGUCCUUGCGGGAAAACGUUCAGAAGCAGUCCUGACUUGGCGAAGUUUUUGGAGCAUCAGAAUCCACCGGAACUGACCACAGCAAAUUUCUCCUUCUCGUCCCGUCCGUUGGUGGGCGAGUUUCUGCAGCCAACGAUGGGCCUCGCCGAGGCAGAAUUCGUGAGGUUGGGCGCCCAGGAAGUGGCGAGGAGACUGGAGGAGCUAAGAGCCGCGGGUGGUUUCAGAGACGUGCGAACGAACAAUCAGUACGAGAGGGAGAAGCUCGCGUACGCGAAAAAAUUGGCGAAAGAGGAGGCUCAACGGCACAAGGAGCAGGCCAGGCUGAUCAAGGAGCAAGAGAAAACGGAAAGGCAGGAGGCAGUGAGACGGGAGCGGGAGAUACGAAAUCAACAGUUGCUCGAGGCUCGGAAAAAACGGCAGGAAGAGGUGGAGAAGAUACGACUGGAAGAGCAACAACGGAAGCAACAGGAACGAGAGCUGAAGCGGCAGCAGGCGGUUAUGUUGAAAGAACAGAUGUACAUGCAGGAGCUCACCAAGCAGCGCGAGAUGCUCUACACCGUCGAGCUGGAGAGGGAACGAAGGAGACAGCACAUGGCGUUGGUACGAGCAUUGGAGAAUCGUCGAAAGAUGGAGGAAAGGGAGAAGAAGCGAUUAGAGGCGAGAGCAGAGAGAAUAGCGACGAAGGAGAAACGAGCUGAACAGAGAAAGAUGGAGAUGGAGCUGAUCGAACAGAUCAGAAAGCCUGUAGAGGACAUGGAGCUAACGGAUCAUAGACCACUGCCAGAAUUGAAACGAAUACCUGGACUAAAGCUGUCCGGCCAGGCGUUCGCUGAUAUCGUGAUGGUGUUCGAGUUUCUGCAUAAUUUCGGCGAGACUUUAGGCUUUGACAUGGAAUCGCUACCAAGCCUCAAGAGCCUUCAAUUAGCCCUGCUCAACGACGAAGAAGCGGAGGAAGAACUGUUAUCCGUGAUGACGCACCUGUUGGUAUGUGCGAUCGAGGAUCCAGGUAUUCCUCAGCCAGCGAGACACACGACCGGGUUGGGACAGAGCCUACGUCAGGCUGACAUAACACACGCUAACAUCAGCGAGGUGUUACGAAUUUACCUGUACGCUAACGCGACAGGCGAGGUGAAAGCGUUAACUGGAGUGUGCCUGGAACGUGAACGCGACAAGAAGUUCGCUGAUCAUCAUCAGAACGGUGGAGAUUAUGCCUCGACUUGUUCAGGAAAGAAUGCUCAGUUUUACGAACAUCUGCAUAACAACGAGACGUGGAGAAUGUCCGAGAGGUUGAGAGACAAGCCGUUUCUAGCUUUGAAUCCGACGCACAAGGCACAGAUGCUCGCGUUCCUCUGCAACGAGCUGUUGCAGAACAAGGCUGUGAUCAGGCAGAUCGAAGGAAGCUUGGAAACGGUGGCUCAGCUGAGGAAGGAGAGAUUUGUGUUGGAUACGAAGAUCAGGAAGCUGAGACAACUGCACAGUCGUAAAGUGCGAAUGGAAGCGGUUGGAGUGAUCGUUAACAAGACAGGAGACACGAUUACCAUCGAGAAGAAAGAAGUGGACGAGGAGGGUAAUACAACGUCGACGGCGGUAGGAACGACGCCUACACCCGAUGAGAUUCACCACGAGGACGAAGUCGAGGAUAUGUCUGAGAACGAGAGCGAAGGAACUCAGCCUGAAGAGGAGGAAGAUAAAAAUUUGUCUGGUGAAGAACUUGGUAAAAAAUUGGAUAAAUUGUUGAAACAGUCAGAGGAGCAGCUGCAGAAAUUGAACAGCUCGUCGAAACAGCUGAGAGCACACAUAUUUGGACAGGACAGGUACUGGAGACGAUACUGGGAACUGGCGUGUGCGGGUGGCAUCUUCAUCGAGGCAAUGGAAAGCGCUGAACCGGAGAUUAUAGAGCUGCAGGCUGAAUUGGACGAAAAGUACAAAAACAUACCGGUGGAGGAGAAGCCAGAGACGAAGCAGGAGGACAUCAAAGUGGAGAAUCGGGAGAACGAGGCUCCGAAUGAUAUGAAAGAUGAGAAGAAAUAUAAUUCGAACGAGCAGGACGACGACGUGAAGCCUAUUAUGAUGGAGAAAAUGAAAUCUGAGAUUGACGAUGUUAAUUGUAAGAAGGAACCUAUGCAGAAUUGCGAGAAUUCAACGAAUAUAAAGGAGGAGAAGAAGAACGAUAUGGAUGGAUCGAUGACUGACGCGAAAACCAACGUCACGUCUGAAGAGAUUAAACAAGAGACAGAAGUAAUUAGUAUGGACGUAGAUGUAAAGGAAGAAACGAAGAAAGAGCACGAAGAGAUGGACGAGGAUAUGAAGCCAACGGUGAAGAUGAUGGAGGAUAAAAUUGUCGAGACGAUUCCAAAUGGUGACAAGUACAACCAUGUUAACAAUCUUCAUAACGGCAAGGAACUGAACGGCACCUUUAUUUCCAAUAACAGCAACGAAUCCAACUGGUUCUCAAUUCUGCCACGCGAAACCUGCGACACUCCGGGACCCAGUACCAAACAGAUAUUUGGAAUAGCUGAACCGACUGAGCUGAGAAUACCAGUGUUCCCUCCGCCAGCUAGUCCAAGUUAUGACAGGUGUGACAGUCCUGCUCCUUUGAUUUUGACUCAGGACGAGGCAGCGCAACUCGAGUAUCUAAAAGUACAUGGUCUACCACCACCUGGAGAAGCCAAACCAGUACCAAACGACUUGAGAUACGGUUGGUGGAGAAUAACGGACAUCGACACGUUUCAAGAACUGUUGGAGCAUCUUCAUUCCCGCGGCGUUCGCGAGAAAGAACUGAAACGAACAACGUGGGCGACCAUGGAGUCCUUUCUAGCUGUCACAGGCAAAAUUAACGUAGAUCCCGGCAACCUUACCGCUACCGAGCUUCAAGCAACACCCGACGAACCUGAUACACCGAUUCCAAAACCAGACAAUCCAGAAAUUUGGAGCGAACAAGUUGCGUUACGCGUGGACGCGCAACUGUUGGAACAGGUCGAAGCUCUUGAAGAUAAGGUCGCUAAUGCCAGCAUGCAGGUCAAAGGCUGGAAGCUACCUCCACGGGCGGGAACCGAGGAGGCUGAGGAAAUUGAGAAGUUGAACGAAAUGGAGAAGAUCAGCGCGGUUGAACAAGCACGACAGAGGUUACUUUCUUUGGAAGCUGCUAUAGAGAGGAGAUACUUGAAACCACCAUUAGGCGUUUGCACGGGAGAUCCUAAUUUGGCGGCCUUAAAGGCAGAACAAGCGGCGGCUGCAAACGCGAACUCGAAUAAUUCGGAUCAGAGCAAUCAGACUCCGGUACCUCAAGAAGAAACAACACCAAGAGGGCUGAACAACUGGCGCGAUGCAACAGCCCGUGCACACACAUCUGCUCAGCUCGCCAUGGCGCUUUAUAUGUUGGAGGCCAGCAUCGCGUGGGACAAGAGCAUCAUGAAGGCUGUGAGUCUAACACCAGCUAGAAACUCGGUCUGCGUCAAGCUACGAAACCGCUGCGUCUCACUCAAAGCUACCACUCAGUACAAUCAGCUAUUGACUACUUCUCAGGCCUCUAAUUGUCAGUUCUGUCACAGCGGAGAUAACGAAGAUAAACUGCUACUGUGUGAUGGUUGUGACCGCGGCUAUCAUACUUAUUGUUUCCGUCCAAAAAUGGAAAACAUUCCUGAUGGUGACUGGUAUUGUCACGAAUGCAUGAACAAAGCAACAGGGGAACGAAACUGUUUGGUAUGUGGAAAGAGGGUUGGUAAAAACUUAGUGCUAUGCGAACUCUGCCCACGGGCUUAUCACACUGACUGCCACAAUCCAGUUAUGUCAAAAAUGCCAAGGGGAAAAUGGUAUUGUUCUAAUUGCCACAGUAAACAACCAAAGAAGAGAAAUAGUAGUCGAAGGAGUCAUACCAAAGGGGGAGGCACCAGAGAAAGUGAAAGUUCUGAUCAUCCACCAGCUAGUCCAACGCCGUCAACGGCAUCGAACACGCACGUAGAGGACGUCAGUUCGUCGGAACCGGCAACCCCGACUGCCUCGCCAAGGAAGGAGGGAAACAAUAGGACGCUCACGAAGAAACAGCAACGAGAGUUGGCUCCUUGUAAGGUGCUACUCGAACAGUUGGAGCAACAGGACGAGGCCUGGCCGUUCCUCUUGCCGGUGAACACCAAACAGUUUCCAACCUACAAGAAAAUUAUUAAAACACCCAUGGAUCUCAGUACGAUCAAGAAGAAAUUGCAGGACUCCGUGUACAAGUCUCGCGAUGAGUUUUGCGCCGAUGUCAGACAGAUGUUCAUCAACUGCGAGGUAUUCAACGAGGACGACAGUCCUGUGGGGAAGGCUGGACACGGGAUGCGCAGUUUCUUCGAAAUGCGUUGGACCGAGAUUACUGGCGCACCACCUCCACACCCGCAAACGCAUAGCUGAGGCUCGGUUCGCUCUCGCAACACCUGCAACAGUUUUGCCCACUUCUACUACUGAGAGGGUAGAACCCUCCAUCAGAGUA